AUGGCCGGCGCUGCUGAUGCAGGGGUUUGUGGAGUUUGUUUCAACCAUUGCAAGUAUGAGAGCAAGGGAAGCGGUUUCAGCAUGGUUGCAUGGGAGGAGUUCAAGAAUGCAGGGGUUGUGCCUUGCAAUGAAAGGGCCCAUUUCAACAAUGUGACAGGAGAGAAGGUGACGUUUGUGUCAAACCAACGGGCAUACACUGUAAAGUGUUACAAGGGUCGCAUAAAGAGCACUAUGUAUGGGAGAGGUUGGAGGAAGUUCUAUGAAGACAACAAUCUGGGCAAGGGUCAGAUGGUGGUGUUCCACCUGGAUGAACCUUCACCUACGGCAUCUAUUUUGUGGUUCCAGGUGGGCAACGGCUCUGAAGAUGAACAGCCUAUGGAAGAGGGUGAUCCCAUUGAAGAUUCAGAUUCAGGUAAUGAGGAUGGAGAAGCUUCAAGCGAUGAUGGUGAAGGCAUUGUUCGCACUAGGGGGCUUUUGCUUAAUGAGACAGAGGAUGCUCAGCUACAAGGGCUGCUGCCUCUCAGUGAUGGUUUCAUCGGGUUUGCUUUUGUUCACCGCCUGACAAGGACUGACAUUCGCUUGGGCAUGAUGAAAAUACCCAAGAAAGUUGCUGCUGCCAUGCCGUUUGAAGAACAGGGGGUUGUUGGUAUUUCUGUGGAUGGUCGGAGAUUCAAAAAAAUCUCAUACAAAACUACUGAUGAUGGCCGCAUUGUGUUUGACAGCAAGAAGUGGAAAAACUUCGCAGCUAGCAGAGGACUCAAAGUCAACACAGCUGUUCUUAUUGGCUUCAAGAGCAGCGAGAGGGAUGAUGUCCAUGUCCUGGUUAUCUUGAAGAAGCUUGUCUAG